AUGAAAACUUCUGGGAGAUGAAAAAAAGACAACAAGACACAUCAGAGAAACAAGAAGUUUCACGGAUUCAUUUCAAAAGAAGGAUGCAGGAAGUGCACUUUGACUUUUAAGAGGAUCAACAGACUCGAUCGUGACUGUAGGACACAACAAAUGCUAUGCAAUGACAGGACAUGACAAGAACAUGAGCAAAUAUCAAAGUUAGCAUGUUUAUUUUACAGUUGAGGUCAGCAAUUGUUCUCAAACAUCAGAGUUUUACCACAAACAACCAAAAAUGUUUGUUCCAUUUUGUGAAAUUUUGCUCAUCUCCUCCUCUCUCUCCCAACGAAGGCCUCCGUUUGUUCUGAGGAAGGAAUGUUAACAAGCAGAUCUGUUGAUGGAGCAAAGCUGACGUCCAGACAGCAGUCGCUCAAGUGAAAAGAGCUGAAACAAGCAUCUUUUCCCUGUCCUUCCUCUGCUCCGAGGCCUCGACUGAGAAGCUGUAAAUCAAUUAAUCUGGAAGAAAAAGAGCAAACUGCAACAAAGGACAAAGAUGAACGAGUGAGAGCGUGUGAAUGUCAUCUGAAGUGGCCCUCCUGCCGUCCGUACAGCUGCUUCCAUGGCACCCUGACCCAAAAGCCCUCCCUCCAGCUGUACACACACAAGAGAGAACACACACUCUAGCAAACAGUCCAGGGAAGUUUUGAGCCUUUAAACGGCUUUAUUUAGUUGCUACAGCAUGAGAGAGGGCUUGCUUUGUUCUGUGCAGGCAGGGCGUGUGAUGCAAGAGCCAAUGAGGGGAGAAAUAUAGGCAAGUAGACGGGGGAGGAGAAAGGAGGACAAGUUGAGGCCUGAGCUGUUUCCUUCAGUUUUACCCACGUUCUCUUUGGAAACCACGGCUGCAGAGAUAUGGAAAGGACACGCGCAAAGGGAGAGCAAGAGAACGGGAAGCUGGAUGAGAAGGGGGUGCACCUGAGGAGGGAGAUCGGGCUGCUGCCUGCUGUGUCCUUCAUCAUCGGGACAGUGGUGGGCAGUGGCAUCUUCAUCGCUCCCAAGGGCGUCCUGAUGAACAGUGGCAGCGUGGGACUGUCUCUGCUGGUGUGGGCGCUGUGUGGCAUCCUGUCCUUGUUUGGAGCCCUCUGCUAUGCUGAACUGGGCACCAGUUUUACCAAAUCUGGGGGCCACUAUACCUAUCUGCUGGAGACUCUGGGGCCCCUUCCUGCUUUCCUAAGACUCUGGGUUGAAUUCUUAUUCAUAAGACCAGCUGUUGCUUCCUAUGUGUCCCUGGCGUUUGGGCGUUAUGUAGUGGAGCCUUUCUUUGCUCCUUGUGUUGCUCCAACCGCACUCAUCAAACUCGUCAGCAUCCUCGGAGUGACGUUUGUUGUAGCGGUGAACUGCUGGAGCGUCAGAGUAGCGUCCCAAACCCAAAUCACGUUGACCUUCAUUAAGAUGUUCGCUCUGGUCCUCAUCAUCAUUCCAGGGAUCAUCGCACUGGCCAAAGGAAAAACAGAAAAUUUCCAGAAUGGCUUUGAAGUGGACUCAUUAACACUGGACAGGCUGCCACUGGCCUUCUAUAAUGGCUUGUAUGCUUAUGGUGGAUGGUUUUAUUUGAACUUUGUCACAGAAGAGGUCAUAAACCCAAACAGAAACAUCCCUGUGGCUAUAAUAUUCUCCAUAGUGACCGUGACAGUGUUUUAUGUGCUUGUUAAUGUGGCCUACUACACCGUGAUGACACCUGCAGAGCUGCUGCUCUCUGAUGCAGUGGCCGUGACGUUCGCCAACCGUGCUCUGCAGGGACUGGCCUCUGUGAUUCCCAUUCUCGUAGCCUUGUCGUGCCUUGGUGCGCUCAACGGUGGUUUCUUUGGGUCGCCCAGAAUGUUAUUUGUAGGUGCCAGAGAAGGCCACUGGCCUCGUAUCUUUUCCAUGAUUCACAUCAGACGACACACGCCUUUACCUGCGGUGCUUUUCCUGUACCCCUUGGUGGUGGUGAUGUUAAUCAAUGGUGAAAUCUACCAGCUCAUCAACUUUGCAUCCUUUUCUCGCUGGUUCUUCAUCGCCUUGGCAACCUUGGGCAUGCUCAUCCAUCGACACCGUUUCCCAAAUCACCCGAGGCCUUUCAAGGUGCCGCUGGUCAUUGCCAUCACCUUCACAGCGGUUUGCUUCUUCAUCGUGGGUCUGUCGCUUUACUCUGACCCCUGGAACACGGGACAGAGCUGUGUCCUCACGCUGACCGGGGUGCCGGUUUACUAUCUGGCCGUUCAUCGCUUUCGGCUGCCAAACCGAUGGAGACGCAUUUUCAACUACUGCAGCAAACACAUGCAGAUCCUCCUGGAGGUGGCCCAACAGGAAGUCCAAACAUACUAAAGAUGAGUUUCCCACCAACAGACUUUAUGAAUACCAUCUUAAGUUCAAUUUAAAGAGCAAGUAACCCCCUGCCAGAUUCUUACUCAACUCCCACUUCCUGUUUGAAAAAUGCAGCAAAUGCUGUUGCCUAGCAGACCGAGAGGGCGGAGCCGGUAACAAAUACAAACACAGGCCGUGUUUGAGAUGAGCCAGUUCUGCGCAGGUUAGAUCACCGGUGCAUGCCGGUUAGAUUUGUGUCCGACUUGACGCCGACUUGCUCUGACGUCAUGCAUACGUAGGCAACGAUAACCUUGUGAGAUCAAGGCGGCUGCAGAUUUUGGAGCAAGACGCUGCAGUUGCUCUCCACCGGCUGCAAAACCUAGGGGAUGACGGGAAACGCCUGGCUCUCACCUGAUCUAAGAUCUGAUUGGUUCAUAUUUUGAUCCAAACAUCUGGUGGUAGAAUGCAAAAUGUUAGUUGGUCACAUACAUUCUGUAAAUCAUGACACUGAUGAUAACUAAAUAGGCCAUAAAGAGAAAUGUGAUUUAUGUUAUUUGUCAUGUUUCCUAUGAGCACACUAAAGCUACAGCUGAUAACCUUUACUUAUUAUUACAGUCAUGUCUUCAUAUAGAAUAUAUGACAUCCACAAGCACGUGAGGAUGUGUUUCGGUUGCUAACAGGUACCAGAAUCAAAAUAAAUAAUUAAACAAGUAUGAACUAGGGGUUGUAUGAACUAGUCGACUUGUCGACUUCACUGCUCUGUAAUGACUUUUUAUGCCUUUCAUCGAUUAGUCGCUGUCAUGUGAUAAUGACCGACAAGAUGCAGUCCUCGGAAGACAGCAGGUGACGAGCUCCUGUGAGUCGGGAGGCGACGCGCUGUGCCAGAGCGUCGGUACUGACACCCGCCGUAAAAUGGACAUUUAACCAAAUUGUGACGUUUACCCUCUUGCAAUUUAACCUUCCCCUCACCCCCAUCCUGACCUUAACCAGCUUGCGCAUGCAAAGCUCUGAUUGUUGACGCGCUCCAGACAUCUGCGUCCUGAGCACGGCCACAGUAACAUUGUCAAAUCAGGUGUCGCCACCUCAAAAACUAAUUUAACACGCGAUCGUUCAUGUCGGCUCAUUUCCUUUUAUGUUCUUCUGUCUUUUAUUUGUGCCUGAUGCUUUUCGCUGCUGUGGAGUGGAGCGCAUCACCUGUUUUGUCCUCUGGUGACGCACCUCACUGGUGCGGCUGGCGAGCACUCUGCUGUUUUUGCGGUCGGUAGAUCUUUUAGAACUACAGUUCAAAGGUAACUCAUAAGGUGAAUAUAUAUGAACCCAGGUAGCAGUUUUUCUUUAGGACUGAGAGGAGAUGCAGGGAGAUAAUAAACAGGCAGGACAGAAAAAUAGUCAAAUAAAAACAAGUUAGUUUUUGUACCUGGUGGUUGCAACAAACAGACACCAUUGAAGGUAAUCAGACGUGAGGAACAGAAAAUGAAAUAAUUAUUUUAAUGUUUAGAGCAGCAGGAACUCUGAAAGGCUGCAGGCGCAUCAGUGAGUUUGCGGCUGCUGUGCGGGGGAGGGGGGAGAGGGCUAAAGCAGAGCAGUAUAGAUGCAGAAACAACCGUUGUUAAGAGAUGUGUUUAACUUUGAAAAUGUGGGCAAAUUGUCAAAAAACUCCAGCGAACCAACCAACACCACCCCCCACGCGGCUUCAGGUGUAUGACGUCGUCAACGACUAGUCAAAGUCGACUCGAUUUUCAUUAUUUGACUGUCGACUUUAAAAAAAAUUAAGUCAUGCAACCCCUAGUAUGAACGCUAACGCGAUAUCUUCGUCCAUCAUCACCUGCGCCGGCUUUCAGCCACUCCCCCUGCUGAGUCCGUCUGCUUUCCAGGCUGCUCAUCUCGAACAAGGCCACACACAGGCUCACAACAUUGUGACAUCAUAUGGUACCAGCUAACAUUUUAGGGUACCUCUUAGCCAAUAGCGAUGGCAGAUUUAAAUUCAAAUGCAAUGCAGUUUUUAACCUGACAACGGCAGGACACUGAGCUUUAGGCAAUUUAAAUUUUAACUAAAAUGCACUAAAGUGCCAAACUAGUAACCACACGUGUCUGCAGCACGAUUAGACACACAUUUUUAUAGUUUAUCAGAAAAAAAUAGUUGCUUGGGGGUGACUUGCCAAACAUUUAGGAUCCUUUACAGAGAAAAACUUUUAACACGGAAGAUUCUCACCUGUUCGUGUUUUGCCACUUUUGUAAAUAAAAUGUAUUUUUAAGAUUCAAAGCCACACGAAGUCCUAAUUUUACAUCCUUCUACAAUAAAGACUUUUCUGAGCCAGA